AUGGAGGCUGCUGGCAUCCCAGUGCCAGCAGCGAGCACUGCUGGCAGUGAGUCAGAGGAUGAUGGGGUUGAGGGAGAAGAGGAGGAAGAGCUCGAAAGUGACCCCCUCGUUGACGAGACCAUGGAACCCAAACCCGAAGCCGAAGCCCCACCUCCUCUCACAGAUCUGACAGCCUCAGUCGUGAGUGCACCUGCUGCUGUGGAUGCUGGGGAACUCGUCGCCAUAGCACGGCCAACCAAGAAACCCAAGAAAGCACCAACCGAGACCAAAGCCACCCCCGAAACCCCCACCGAGACCGCAGUGGCCCCAACCGUGGAGGUGCCAACCACUGCCCCAACCGAGACCAGGGAGGCCCCAAGCAAGACUGGAGAGCCCCCGAGUGCAAAGAAGAAAAAGCCCAAGACUCCAACAAUGCUGAGGCUCAAGCAUAUUUUGGAGGAGGAGGCAAGCAGGAAACGCAAGAAGGAUGUGGCUCCCAGCAGCCGUGAGGAAGCAGGUGUGAGGUUCGAAAUCGUCCAACCCACGCUUGCAGGACACGUCCACGUCGUUGUGCGCCUGGAUGAUGGCUUGUACGAGUGCCAGGCUUGUGGCUUGAUGGGUGACCUUGCAACUGUUCAGUCGGUGCAGUGUGAUGGGAGACGGCAAGCCAAGAUGAAGGAGCUUGAAAAGAUUCGAGAGCUCACUUUGGCCUUGCAAGAGAUGAAGCGACAGCGGCUCUAUGAGAGGGAGGCUGCAAAAGCUUCAGCUCCGAUCGACCCGAAGCCCUCGAACCCGAAGCCCUCGAACGUGUGCACGGACAACUUGGACACGCAGGUCUGGAUGGAGGACUCGCAGCCUCCAUGGGAGCCGGUUAGUGAAACCAAACCCAGCAAGCCAAAGGUUUCAGCAGCCACCAAGCCAGAGAUCUGUGCCGAGCCAGAGAGUGCAGCAACAGCCACCAGGCCAGAGAUUACGACCACAGGUGCCAAGCCAGAGAGUGCAGCAGCAGCCACCGCGCCAGAGAUUACGACCACAGGUGCCAAUGCAGAGAGUGUAGCAGUGGCCACACAGGUUGCAAGCAAAGGCAAGCCCCCACGUGACACCAAGUCCAAGCAGGCGAUUUGUGCUGUCCCGUCACUUCCUGAGAAGCCCUCGUGCAUGAAAGCCAUCCCAGCUUCCCUCUGCCCGAAUGAUCAGAAGCAUAAGAAGAAGGAGGAAGUGGUAGAGGAGGAGGAGGAUGAUGAAGCAAAAGCUGAGGGUGAUGGUCUGGAUGGUGAUGCACUCACCGAUGCGCCUGAUGAUGAGCCUGAAGACUUCGAAUAUGAGGAUGAUGAUGAUGAGGAGGGUGAGGCAGAGUCCCAGGGUGAGCAAGAGGAGGAGGAGCACAUGAAGGUUAUGAGACGACCAGCAGCCAAGGCAAAAGCAAAGGCGAAGGCAAAGGCACGAGGAGGAAGACCCAAGUCAAAGGCAGCCCCCAAGAAGAAAGCUGGAAAGGCAUCCCCAAAGAAGGCCCCCGCCAAAGGUAAGCCACGAGCAUCCCCGAAGAAGGCUCCCGCGAAGUCAAAGCGCAAGAACGAGGAUGAGGAUGCAGCCAACUCCAAAGCCCUGAAGUCCCGGAAGAGUGUUGCCUAUCACAAGGCCCGGACAGAGGCCCUGGCAGCAGGCAUGUCUGUGGAAGAAGCUUCCGAUAUUGCAAAGGAA